AUGCAUUUGAGCGAGAAUGAGGGAAUUGAAGGGAAUACCUUCGUUGUGACGGGAGGGCUUGGCUUCGUUGGCUCCACUCUCUGCUUAGAGCUUGUAAGAAGGGGAGCUCGAGAGGUUCGAUCUCUCGAUAAACGUUCAACUUCUCCCUGGUCCAACCAUCUUAAGAAGAUCGGUGUUCGGUGUAUCCAAGUAAUUCAGAAACGUAACACCUCUGUGACAGCAGCACCUCUCCCAGCCUCCCUCACUCUCAACGGCAAUCCGCGAGCCAGCAAGCGCUCGAAGGGUCGGCCGCCGGGAACCCGCAGCGCUCGAAGUACUCCUGCUGCUGCUACCAUUCUCGGAUUUCGUCGGCAACACCUGCGAGUAACAAACCCAGGAAUCUCAUUGCUCAUCUCUCAAAUGGAUUUCUCCCGUUUUUCCAAUCGUCUUUCCAGACUGGUAGGAUUUGAAGCUCGUGCUUGUCUCUCAUCAGCGAAGACCACGAAAGACGUCCUUCCAGUCCCCUCCUUGUCUGUUGGCUAUAGUCUUGAAAUGGGUCCUCUCAGAUCCCAUUGUGAUUCAGUACAACCCAACAAGGAUUCCAUUUCCACCCACGCUCUGAUCUCAGGUUAUGAAAGCCGCUUUUACCUGCCUUCUCCUCCUUCAGGUUUGGGUUCCUGUAGAUCGAUCCAUGGUGGGUUAGUUCUAACUCAAGCUUUUACUGAGACCGGCAAUGAGAACCCAAAUCCCGUUGAUGAUCGAACUAUGGAAGACAGUGAGAAAAUCUGCAAGAUACUCUCCAAUCACUCUGGAUUUUCCGGCAUCGAGUCCUCUCUUGAUCGUUCUGGGGUCAAGGUCUCCCCAUCCCUGGUUGAGGAAGUCCUUAAGAAGCUCAGCAAUGCAGGAGUGUUGGCGCUGUUGUUCUUCCGUUGGGCCGAGAAGCAAGAAGGUUUCAAGCAUACCACUGAGAUAUACAAUGCCCUCAUGGAUGCUUUGGGCAAAAUCAAACAGUUCAAAUUGAUGUGGAAUCUGGUCAAUACCAUGAAGAGCAAGGCCUUACUGACCAAAGACACCUUUGCGCUUAUUAUCCGAAGAUAUGCCAGGGCGAGGAAGAUUAAAGAAGCCACCGAGACUUUUGAGAAGAUGGAGAAGUUCUGCCUGAAACCAGAAUUAUCUGAUUUUAACCGAUACAUUGAUACUCUAUGCAAGUCUAGGCACGUUAAAAAAGCACAGGAGGUUUUCGAUGAAAUGAAAAAGAGAAGAUUUACACCCGACCUCAGGACUUACACGAUUCUCUUGGAGGGUUGGGGCCAAGAACAAAAUGAGUUCAAGCUCAAAGAAGUGUAUACGGAGAUGAGAGGUGAAGGGUUGCAACCUGACGUUGUAACCUAUGGGAUUAUCAUCAAUGCUUUCUGUAAGCUGAGGAAAUACAAUGAAGCAAUUGAUCUAUUCCGUGAGAUGGAAAUAAAGAACUUGAAGCCGAGUCCUCACAUCUAUUGUACGUUGAUCAAUGGAUUAGGUGCUGAGAAGCGAUUGAAAGAAGCCCUUGAGUUCUUUGAGCAAUCUAAGGCCAAGGGAUUCAAACCAGAAGAACCCACUUAUAAUGCAGUCAUCGGGGCUUACUGUCAGUCGACGCGGAUGUUUGAUGCAUACAGGGUAGUUGAUGAAAUGAGGCAAUAUGGGGUUGGCCCGAAUGCUAGGACGUACGAGAUAAUUCUUCACCAUCUGAUAAAGGCCGGCAGAAGAAAAGAAGCAUUCUCAUUGUUCCAGAGAACGGGUACCGAGUUUGGUUGUGAACCUAGUUUGAACAUCUACUCAGUGAUAGUGAAGAUGUUCUGUGAUGAGGAGCGGACCGACAUGGCUCAGAGAGUAUGGAACGAGAUGAAGGCCAAGGGAUUUCUUCCCGGUAUGCAUAUGUUUUCGGUUUUGAUUAAGAGUCUCUGUGACGAGAAUAAGUUGGAUGAUGCUUGCAAAUAUUUUCAAGAGAUGCUAGAUUUGGGUAUCAGGCCUCCUGGUCAGAUGUACAGUAAAUUGAAGGAAGCUCUUCUAGAAGACGGGAGGAAGGAUAUUGCUCUAAUUUUGUGGCAGAAGCUUGAAACGUUAAGGAAAAAGCCUUUGGUUGGUUAGAACUUAGAAAAAAAGAGUUGAUGGUGUCACUUGGAAUCAUUUCUCACUUCCAUCUUCUCAUACUUAAGUAGGAGCCAU